AUGGGCAAGCCACACUGGUGUUCGAUGGUUACGAAGACGGGUCCUUCUAGCAAAGACAACACACUCCAGAGACGAGCAAAAGACGUGAAUCCUAUUGUUGGGUCCACCAAAGAAAUAGAAUGUAAUUCAUGUGCCAGUUCAUUCCUCCUCCAAAACAAGUCUCAAGAUGGAAUAUCAAAUCUUGGCGAAUGGUUGACGGUUGAUCUGUUUGGUGAACUUAACAUUACUUUAUAUAGCUUAAUAUUUAUAUUGUCGGUAUGUGGAAACAGUUUGGUCAUAAUAACAUUGAUAAGAAACAAAAAGAUGCGCACAAUAACGAACCUGUUUCUGGUCAACUUGGCAAUCAGUGACCUGAUGCUGUCCAUGCUCUGUAUGCCCUUCUCCCUUGUGGCGACCACGCUGCUGCGAAACUUCAUAUUUGGAGAGGCUAUGUGUGUCAUAAUCAGAUACUUUCAAGCGGUGUCGGUCGGUGUGAGCUGCUACACCCUGGUUGCUAUCUCCCUGGAACGUUACUACGCCAUAUGUGAACCACUGCGGUCACGACGCUGGCAAACUCUCUCGCACGCCCGUAGAAUGCUGAUCGGCAUCUGGGCCAGUGUCCUCACCUUGAUGUCCCCCAUCGCCAUGUUCCACAGGGUAAUUAAGAUCCAGACUGGCGGUCAGGCGUGUCGGGAAGUAUGGCCGGAAAUCUUGCUGCGCUUUAAAAUCGACGUUAUUUACAGCAUUUUAUUGGCAGUGAUUCUUUUGCUACUUCCUCUUCUGACGAUGGGAUCGUUUUAUAGCCUUGUUGCCAAGAAACUCUGGAUGGUUUCUUCACAAAUGGCAGCGCCAUCUGGAGUUUCAGGCGAGGGUUUCAGGAGAAUGUGCGUUGCUCGAAACCCCUACCCACUCGCCAUCAAUCAUUUACAGCCAUUCGAUGGUAAAGAUGGACGACACUGUCUUAUUGCCAUUGAUGACGACAUAUAG